UCUGGCCUGGCGGACGGACACACGGGCCGAGGGGGCCGAGCGCGGGCGGACGCGGCAGGGCGCCCCAUUCCAGAGCCUAACAUGAACGGAUACGCAGACUUUGCCCCCAGCCCCACCACGGAGCCAGUGGAGCCCCAGCCCAGCCAGGCUUCACUCCAGGAAGAUGUGGACAUGAGCAGUGGCUCCAGUGGAAACGAGACCAAUGAGAACUGCUCCACAGGACGGGACUCACAGGGCAGCGACUGUGAUGACAAUGGGAAGGAGCUGAGGAUGCUGGUGGAACCGUCAGACGCCCAUCAGAGCCCUGGUGCCUUCGGGCUGAUGAUGGCAGCGCAGGAACACAACCCGUCCUCGAGCGGCUGCAGUAGCGAGCAGUCUGCCAAAGCCGACACCCACAAGGAACUGAUACGAACACUGAGGGAGCUGAAAGUUCACCUCCCUGCAGACAAGAAGGCCAAGGGGAAGGCCAGCACGCUGGCGACCUUGAAGUACGCCCUGAGGAGCGUGAAGCAAGUUAAGGCUAAUGAGGAGUAUUACCAGCUGCUAAUGUCCAGUGAGAGCCAGCCCUGCGGCCUGGACGUGCCCGCCUACACUGUGGAGCAGGUGGAAGGGGUUACCUCUGAGUUCAUUGUUAAGAAUGCGGAUAUGUUUGCCGUGGCUGUGUCACUGGUUUCUGGGAAAAUCCUGUACAUCUCUAACCAGGUUGCCUCCAUAUUUCACUGUAAGAAGGAUGCCUUCAACGAUGCCAAAUUCGUGGAGUUCUUGGCACCUCAUGAUGUCAGCGUGUUCCACAGCUCCACAACCCCUUACAAGCUUCCACCCUGGAGCGUGUGCAGUGGGAUGGAUUCUUUUACUCAGGAGUACAUGGAGGAAAAAUCUUUCUUCUGCCGUGUCAGUGUCGGGAAGCAGCAUGAGAAUGAGGUUCGCUACCAUCCAUUCCGUAUGACGCCCUACCUGGUGAAGGUGCAGGAGUCGCAGGGUGCCGAGAGCCAGCUCUGUUGCCUGCUGCUGGCAGAGAGGGUACACUCAGGCUAUGAAGCCCCUAGAAUUCCUCCUGAGAAGAGAAUUUUUACAACUACACAUACACCAAAUUGCUUGUUCCAGGAUGUGGACGAAAGGGCGGUCCCCCUCCUGGGCUAUCUACCUCAGGACCUGAUUGAGACGCCUGUGCUUGUGCAGCUGCACCCCAGUGACAGGCCCCUGAUGCUCGCCGUCCAUAAGAAGAUCCUGCAGGCUGGUGGGCAACCUUUCGACUACUCCCCCAUUCGGUUCCGCGCUCGCAAUGGAGAGUACAUCACAUUGGACACAAGCUGGUCCAGCUUCAUUAACCCCUGGAGCAGGAAAAUCUCCUUCAUCAUCGGGAGGCACAAAGUCAGGGUGGGCCCUUUGAAUGAGGACGUGUUCGCAGCCUCCCCCUGCCCGGAGGAGAAGACCCCACACCCCAGUGUGCAGGAGCUCACCGAGCAGAUCCACCGGCUGCUGAUGCAGCCUGUCCCCCACAGCGGCUCCAGUGGCUAUGGGAGCCUUGGCAGCAAUGGGUCCCAUGAACACCUCAUGAGCCAGACGUCAUCCAGUGACAGCAAUGGCCACGAGGAGUCACAUCAGAGGAGAUCCGGAAUGUCUAAGAAUGGCAGCAAGAACCAAACCACAAGUCAUUUUCCUCGUGAGUCUGGAGAACAAAAGGAAACAUCUGUUACAGAAAUGCAAAGUAAUCCCCCAGCUCAGGGAAAAGCUAUCCCUGCUAUGGAAGAGGAUAGCUCAGGGGCCAGCGCACCCAGACCGGGCUUCCCUGAGGAGCCGGCCCACAAGAACCAGCCUGCCUGCUCCUACCAGCAGAUCAGCUGCCUGGACAGUGUCAUCAGGUACCUGGAGAGCUGCAGUGAGGCUGCCACCCUGAAGAGGAAGUGCGAGUUCCCAGCCAACAUCCCAUCACGCAAGACCACAGUCAGCCCAGGGCUGCAUUCCGGAGGAGCAGCAGCACCCUCCAAGGUGAGCAGCCGCACUGAGGUCCACGCACACCUGAGCUCGCUGACGUUGCCCGGCAAGGCUGAGAGCGUGGUGUCCCUCACCAGCCAGUGCAGCUAUAGCAGCACCCUCGUCCACGUGGGGGACAAAAAGCCGCAGCCUGAGUUAGAGACAGUAGAAGACACAGCGAGCUGGCCGGAGUCCUUAGAUGGCCUACCUGGCACCUUCAGCCAGGAGAAGGGGCCCGUGCAGAAGCUGGGCCUCACCAAGGAAGUGCUGGCUGCACACACGCAGCGGGAGGAGCAGGGCUUCCUGCAAAGGUUCAGGGAGGUGAGCAGGCUUGGCGCACUGCAGGCCCACUGCCAGAACUAUCUGCAAGAGAGAUCCAGAGCCCAGGCGAGUGAACGGGCUGUUCCUGGACUAAGAAAUAUUUGUGGAAUAGAUUCAUCUUGGAAAAAAACUGGAAAGAACAGAAAACUGAAAUCCAAACGGGUCAAGCCUCGGGAUUCCUCCGGGAGCACAGGGUCAGGGGGACCAGUGACCCAACGGCCCCCACUCAUGGGCCUGAACACCACAGCCUGGUCACCCUCGGACACAUCCCGGUCUAGUUGUCCUGCCACACCCUUCCCUCCCCCAGUGCCGGCUUACUCUCUGCCCAUGUUCCAGGCGCCAGGGCCUGUGGCAGCACCACCUGCAGCUUCCCAUGUGAACUUCACAGUGCCUGUUGUGCCUGUGGGCGCCCAGCCUGAGUUCACAGUGCAGCCACUGCCCCUCACUGCUCCUGCGGCCCCCGUCAUGGCCUUCAUGCUACCCAGCUACCCCUUCUCACCAGCAACCCCAAGCCUGCCCCAGGCUUUCUUCUCCAGCCAGUCUCAGUUUCCAGGCCAUCCCACUCUCGCCUCUGAGAUGAGCCCUGUCUCACAGGCCGACUUUCCCAGUCAGACUUCACUCCUCAGACAGCCAUGCACUUGUCCGGCCACCCCACCAUCAGGCACAGUGGCCACGGGCAGGGCCUCCCCUCCGCUCUUCCAGUCCCGCGGCAGCAGUCCCCUGCAGCUCAACCUGCUGCAGCUGGAAGAGGCCCCUGAGGGCAGUGUUGGCACCUUGGGGAUCUCAGGGGCCACAGGAGCAGGGGCUGCGGGGCCAGAGGGCAUACCAAGCACUUCUCAGGACCAGGACCGGGACCUGGACCGGCAGCCAAAGGCGCCUCCCUCGCACAACGGGCCCUCAGACACCCAGAACAGUGAUGCCCUCUCCACAUCUAGUGACCUGCUCAACCUCCUACUGAAUGAGGACCUCUGCUCAGCCACAGGCUCCGCUCGGUCUGGGAGUGGGGCCUCAGACUCUCUGGGCUCCAGCUCGCUGGGCUGUGGUGCAUCCCAAAGUGGGGCAGGCAGUAGUGACACAAGUCAUACCAGCAAAUACUUUGGAAGCAUUGAUUCCUCAGAGAAUAAUCACAAAGCAAAAAUGAACACAGAUGCAAAGGAAAGUGAGCAUUUCAUUAAGUACGUGCUACAGGACCCUAUCUGGCUUCUGAUGGCCAACACAGAUGACAGCAUCAUGAUGACAUACCAGCUGCCUUCCCGGGACGUCAGUGCGGUCUUGGAGGAGGACCGCGCCAAGCUGAAGCUGCUGCGCCAGGCCCAGCCCUGGCUCACGGAGGGCCAGAGACAGGAGCUGCGGGAGGCGCACCCAUGGCUGCAGACCGGUGGCCUGCCAGCAGCCAUCGAUGUGGCGGAGUGUGUUUACUGUGAAAGUAAUGGGAAAGGCAACAUCUGCCUGCCAGAUGAAGAAGACUGCGUGUCCUUGGGACUCAGUGACACGGCCGACACCAAAGAGGAGGGCAGCGGAUGGCCCUCAAGCCCCAGGAAGGAAGAGCAGCUGUAACCCCGCCCUCCCCAUGCCAGCGUCUACAUUAGAUGGUGCUCAAGAGAGGGAGGAGCUUCACAUCUGUUUCUAAUGAAAUGGACAUAUAUACUUAUGUUGCUUUUUUGUUUUAGAAAAAAAAAACAGUUUUCUGAAGGGUAACUUAAAACUGUGGGGAAGUUUAAGAGAAAUACGUUUUUGUAUUUUAAAUAUAAACAUGGGGUUUGGGAAUAGGAUGAUAGUUGGGGUGCCAGUAAACAUGAGGAAGACUGAGACCUCUGUGUGUGUCAGGGAAGUUGCCCAGGGUCCUCAGAAGUCCCUUGGUCUGGAUGAGACCUUGGCCCAGUCCACCACUGUUCACUGGCCCCUGUGAGUUGUUCUGAGACAUCACACCAGGCUCUGACAGGGAGGGAAGCCAUGUUCAGCGGUCAGCUGAAUGCCUGGCUUUUUGGAGCCUUCCCAGGGUGUUUGGACCAGAUCAAAUUUUGUCCCCUCUGGGGGCUGCUUUUUAUUUAUUUAAAUUAUCACAUAGUCCAGCUGGGUAUUUGUUCGCCUGUCUAGAGGAGAGGCACCUCUCCCAAAGUCCUCUCUGUGUUCUGCAGUCUGUGGUGUGAAGCUUGGGUCUCAGGUACUGUAGUGGCCAAGGUUCCAGUCUGCUGCGGCUUUUGUGUAUAGUAAGCAAAGUUGCAAUGCCUGCUCUGGCCCAACGGAGCCUGGUGGUUUCUGUGACCAACACCAUCAGACUGACAUCCCCUCCCCUGACCUCUGUACAUUUCAGUGUCUUUGUUCUGUUCCUUCUAGACCAUCACAGCCAGUUUGCAUACAGAAUUAUGGUAUCAGCCAUGUCUCCCUAUCAUGGCGGCCUCUGACUGCCACUCUCGGGACCCAGUAAUAUUUGUUCUUUAGUUGGAGCAUCCCAGACAUCAGCUCCUGCCCUCGGGGGGCCAAUGACCCAUCAGCCAGGUUGCAGGGAACUCCGUGCUCGCCCUCCACACUGGCUUUCCAGACUAAGUUUGGUGUGGCUUCCGGUCUGUCACCACAUCUGCUGUGUUGCUGGCACUCUGAAGUCAAUGGAACACCUGGGCAGAAUCAAACCUGCCUGCCCAGCCCACAAACCUUACCUGCACCAGAUAUCCCCAAAGAUUGUGUGGGUAAGUUUAGUCAUGGCCCCUGGCAUGAGGGAGAAGCCAUCGCUGAUGAAUCAGUGGACCUAAAUUAGACAAAUCUGUGAGGCUGAGCAAGCAGGGUUUUCCUUGUUCUUUGGCAGAAGCGACCACUGGAAACAUGGUAGGUUACUGCUAUGUGUUCUCACAGUAUGACCACCUGAUGCCUAAAUAUUAACCCUAUUUUUCAUAAACACAAGGACUCUACAUCUUUAAAAUUGAAACAUCCCCUCCCAAUACCUAGACAAGGUCCAUGUUUUAAUGGAAAUUAGAUGCCCCAGACUUCUGUCUCCUCUACCAGUCAGAGCCUCAAGGCAGGUGGUGGUCUAAGGCUAUGCUUACAUUACCUAAACCAAAACUGCCAAAACCUUCUCUCUACUAUUAUGAAUGUUUACCAUCAGCAUUAUUUUAUUAAUUAUUAUUUAAUAUAUGCUCACUAAUUGUUAACUGCUAAAAAGUUGACUUAUUAGGACAAUUUGUGAUCUGUUUACAAGAUGCCAAGCAUCCAGUCCUGUUUCCUUAGUAUGUGUGCUUAAACGGGUGUCAUAAGACUUUCUACUUUAAACUGAGCCUUCUUUUUAAUAUUGUCUUGAAAAGACAUGUAAAUAAGCUGCCAGUGUGAUGAUUGUGAGCCUUGCCGGACAAGCGGUUUGUUCAUGUGCAAACCAAACCUUCACCCAGUGCAAUAUUUGUGUGACUGCUUGUGUCUUUUUAAGACUUUUCUGCCUUUUAGAAAAUUGGUAAAUAAAGCAAGAAUAUUUUUAUUUUCA